GUCCCAUACACACGCGGACACGUAUAUUCCCACAUCUCUGACAUAGCUUGGUAUCUGAAUAUAUUGCAGAAAGCACAGGUUUCAAGGAGUCUUACUGUUUAUAACUGGCGUGUCAUCGUUCUCCUGGCCAACACGUGCCGCCUUUGCGCCCGAUUCAUCCUUCAGUCCCUCGCUCUCCCGCAGAAUGGUACACUCCAAACCAUGUGAGGCAAUUCACAUCAUCACUGGGAGCUACUGGACUGAGACGCGUACGCUGACGUCCAUGGAUGCUGGCAGCAGGUUUAGGUUACAUGCAUGCUGGCAGAAGGUAGGCUAUAAGUAGUCAACAUAAUUAGUCUAUUAAUUUAUAUUUCGAAGCAAAUUAUUAAAUUUGCCCGUGUUUGCAGUGCACCGUCUAAUGGCUAGUUAUGGCUCAGUAGUUCGAGGACAGUCACCCCGUGCGGGAGCGUCAGUAUACUACAAUAAUAAUAGUCAGGGUCGUUUUUAUGCUUUGCGCUGGGGAAAGCGCACCGUACGGAGCCAAUGACGGCUCUGUAGGAUGGGGAGCGGGCCUUGGGUAGAGCGACGAUAUCUGAUCCAGCUGGCAGGCGUGGAGGAUCUCUCGGAUGCUGAGUCGUAGCGCGGAAAGAAGGAGAACCGCCCGGAGCCCUUUCCCUACGGAUUGGCGCCCUCAUUCUCCGGUCCCGUCUCCGAGCAGCACUCUGGAGUGGAUCACUUUGGCUGGGAAGCGCCUCCUAAUCUUCCCAGCCCUGCCCCACCUCCACCCUGUCCAUCUCCCCCUUCUCCCUGAGUGCCCGUCCACUCUGUCACCAUGACGACGAUGCUGCACACCCCGCCCUUCAAGCUGGCCCUUCUGCCCUCCCCCUGGAGUCCGGAGCACCUGUACAGCUGCCAGGACAAGAUCGAACGCCGCUACGACAUCGUGCCCUCCGUCAUCUGCUCCAUGUGCUGCGUCUUCGGCAUCAUCUACUGUUUCUUUGGCUACCGCUGCUUCAAGGCGGUGAUGUUCCUGACGGGGCUGAUGUUCGGCUCGGUCAUCAUCUUCGUGCUGUGCUACAAGGAGCGCGUGAUGGAGACCCAGCUGAGCGUGGAGGCCAGCGCGGGCAUCGGGCUGGGCAUCGGGGUGCUGUGCGGCCUGGUGACCAUGCUGGUGCGCAGCGUGGGCCUGUUCAUGGUGGGCCUGCUCCUGGGGCUGCUGCUGGCCGUGGCCGGGCUGGUGGUGGCGGAGGAGUUCUACCACCCGCGCACGGCGUGGGUGCCCCUGGGCGCGCUGCUGGGCUCCGGCAUGCUGUUCGCCGUGCUGACGCUGCAGUGGCAGCGCUGCUUCACCACGCUGUCCACCGCCGUGUUCGGCUCGGCCGUCAUCGCCGUCACGCUGGACUACUUCACCGAGAUGCUGCUGGCCGUGCGCUACCUGUACGAGCGCGUGAUCGCGGCGCGCCGCAGGCCCGUGUGCUGGUUCAGCUGGGCCGUCAUGGGCGUGUGGCCCCUGCUCGCCCUGCUGGGGGUCAUCAUCCAGUGGAAGGUGACGGCCGAGGGCUACUCGCACACCGAGGUGAUAAUCAGCCGCCAGCAGCGGCGGGUGCAGCUCAUGCGGAUCCGUCAGAAGGAGGAGAGGAGGGAGGGAAGAAAGAAGAAGAAGAAACAGCCGCGGCACCACCACUCCCACCACACGCACGCCCCCAAGCUGCACCCCGAACCCCCGUACCGCCGGAAACCAACCCCCAUCCGCCGCUUCGACGGGGACGUGCUCUCCCCCAGUUAUAUCCAGAGUUUUCGGGAGAGAGAGGGGGGCCGGCGGGGGUACCCUCAGGGCCGGCUGGUCAGCGGAACCCACACCAUAGUGGACUUGGACUACGACUGUGGCUCCACCGUGCCACUGACAGGCCAGGCAGGGCCUGCCAUGCGGGUGUAAGGACGCCCCCUGGUGGUCCGGUGGUGCUAUCACAGGCCACUGAGCUGUGUUCCUGUUCAGGAAGACUGCAGGUUCCUCUCCCACACUGGGUCCACAGCUGGGGUCACUUGACCACUAUCCCUCGUUAGGACAUCAUAAACAAAGGCCCAUACCCCCCUGCCCGGCGUUUAGCCUGUGGACUCCAUUUCGACACUUUAGAUGAUUCCACGCCCCUGGCUCACUGGCGGUCCUGGUGUCCAUGGCACUGGAGUUCUUUCCAGGUUUCGCAGAACGCCCUGGGGUUCAUGCGCAGGAGCCUUGGAAACACAAAAACAGCACGACUGUGUCAGAGAAAAGAAAGAAAGAAAAAAUAUUUCCUCUAAUGCAAACACGCCAUGCCAUUCCUUAAAGAGGUUGUUGGUUUGUUAAUUUCAUGCACUUUUUCUUCAUUGUACCACAGUGCUUUACAUGUGUGUAUAGGACCAGGCAAAGGCAGUGAAAUGUAAAGACUUUUAGGUGAAAGUAACAGAAAGUAUGGCUGCUGGCUCAUCCUGUUCAAGCACGCCUCUAUCGGGCCCUAUCGUCUGGCGUCAGGCCCAGACUGCACCAGUGCUGACUGCGUGUGCCUGCAAGUUUGUCUGUUGAGGGGCGUUUAAAGUUAUUUCUCCAACAUGUUUGUGUGAGCCCGACUUGCUAAAUAAUCUGCUUUCCCCAAUCAAAUUGGAGGUUGCUUUGAGCGUUUCAACGAACGCAUGACUGAGCAUUCAAAGUAUUUGUAAUCGCUUUAGAAAUACUUCCUGUGGAAUUCAGGGAAUUUCCCAUCACAUGACCUUUUCCCCGUGAUGGGGAGAGGUGCCCCAUUGGCAGUAUUCAUAUCUGCACGUUCAUCACAUGGACUGAGUUUUUGAGUGUCCCAGUAUGACUCUUCAGACUGCACUGUAGAAGAGUAGGGGCCUGUGUCACAAACCUGGAUCACUGAGUUAGCUGCACAACUGCACUCAGUAAACCUGGAGCUCUCCCUAAUCUGGAGCAUGGACUAAAAGAGCUCUGGGCUCUCCCUAGAAUUUUGGUGGAGCUUUUGCCUUCAAAGCGGACAAGCGAGGGGAGGGUGGUUGGUUUUAAAGGUUAUGGAGGAGGGGAAUGGAGUAAUUUCCUUUUUUUUUUCUUUUUUUUUCAUUAUGGGGCUUUAAAGCCAGCCACAAAAAAGCCUUCAGACAAUGGUUAACAACCAGAAAUCAUCUAGGCCAGUGAUGAAACUAAUCUUAUUUAAUAUUAUAUUGAGUAGUAUUAUCUGAGGGCGGCACGGAUGGUGCAGUGGCAGUGGUUAGCACUGCCACCUCACAGCAAGGAGGUCCUGGGUUUGAAUCCCCGUCGGAUAGGGCCUCUCUGUGUGGAGUUCUCCCUGUGUCUGCGUGGGUUAGUUAGGGUGGGUACGCAAUAUCUUGGUUUGGUAGACCUACAUACCUCUGUUUUGACUGAUCAUUUCAGUAGCCUGCGUUUUCGGUACAGCAGAAAAGAGGGUGAAAUAUAAAACAGAUUUUUAUUUAUUAUGAAAAUGUGGCUAAGUGGCCAUUAUUUCUUGCUGAACAAAAUGUGCCACAUUAACACCAAGUCAUCAGGAUGAACUUGCAGUUCCGCACUGAAUUUAACCACACAUUAAAGUAAGACUGUGUUUGGUUUGCAACGUAUGUCGAACCGAAAGUCUGGUUCUGAAGGAAAGAUCCAGCCAAGUUCCAGUUUCAGAAGCCAGAUCUUUCCCCUGAUUGCGAUUCGGUCGAGUAAAGUGGCAACUAUACAGGUGACACACUGCCAUUGCUAUUUUUUUCGGGGAGAACCGAGUUUUACUCAGUGCAUUUAUCUAGCUAACGCUGCAAUUAUGCUUUCUGACACUUGCCCCAGGUAAACAAGUUGCUUUGCAAAUAAUCUCUGCUGGAGUCUCACCUCAGGAAUUUUGUCCAGCUCAGAAACUCAGGAGGUCGAAGGCCUUUUGCUGAUGGGGUUGGAGGAGUAUCAUGGACAGUAAUUAAGGAGCCUUUGUAUCUAUGGAUACAGAAGAGAGAAAUAAAUGGAACCAGGAAUACUGUAGCUUGUUUGUGUGUGCAUGCAUGUGUUUGCGUGCAUGUGGGUGUGUAUGUGUGUUCAGACAUUAAGACACAUUGAAGGAACAGGAAAUUGAGGUGUUGAGUUGAGAAGUUGGCCAGUUGGGAUGUUUUUUUUUUUACUGUCAAAAGACCCCGUAGUGUCAGCGGAGUACAAAAUACCCAGGUUCCUCCCAUGUGCUGGUCCAGUAACAGUUCACAUGCUCAGUCUCCUCUGCCCUUCUGCACAUGCUCAGUCUCAUCUGCACAUCUGCACAUGCUCAGUUUCCUCUGCCCUUCUGCUCAUGCUCAGUCUCGUCUGCCCAUCUGCACAUGCUCAGUCUCAUCUGCCCUUCUGCACAUGCUCAGUCUCAUCCGUUCUUCUGCACAUGCUCAGACUCCUCUGCCCAUCUACAUAUGCUCAGUCUUCUCUGCCCUUCUGCACAUGCUCAGUUAGUCUUCUCUGUGGUUUUGCACAUGCUCAGUCUUGUCUGUCGUUUUGCACAUGCUCAGUCUGGCCCCCUCUGUGUAGUUUUGUUUCAGUUGAACAUACUGUAUGCACAGUUCUGUGUUAUUGUUCUUGUGGUUUCUAUCAUUCUUCAUAUUUAUAUUUCUAAUGGACUGAUCUGUUCAUUUCAUUUGUAUAAUAUAUGUAAAGCAUUGUGUCCCUCUAAGUGCAAUGUACAGUAUUUAUUUAUUUGUCUGUUUAUUUAAGUUUGAUUCAGUGGCACCAGUUGCACUGUUUUGCUUCAGAUAAGCUCCUAUGUGGGCUUCAACAUUUUCAACUUUAUUAUUACCUUUUUGCAUUAUUAUUCAUUGUAUUUAUUAUAUUAAUGCAUGUUGUUGUAUGGGCCUGGAUAUGAUAAAAUGUGAUUUUAAAGCCCUUGACUAUUCAGUUCUGUGCUUACAUUUUAUUUCUUGAUUUCCUGUUGCUGUAUGUGUGUGUGUGUGUGUGUAUAUUCAUGUGUGAAUAUGUGUGUCUGUUUGUUCGUGGAUAUGUGUGCUUUGUGGGUAACAGAGGAAGAUUGUAAGAAUGGUGUAUGUAUAAGUGCGUUUACAUUUGAGCAGUAUGUAUAUAUGUAUGUAGGUAUGUAUGUAUAUUGAAAAUUUUUUAUUUUGACAACUGCCAUGUAUUGUUUCAAAAUAUGUUUAUAAAUUAAUAAAUGGCUGACAAUGGGCAACAAAAUGUUGUUGUCAAGGGUGUAGUGGAUGCUCUUUGUGUGUAACCAUCCCCAGGAACACAAUACACUAUUCUGUAAGUUCACAAUA